AUGUCGUCCACGCCCGUCGUUCCUUUCUCGGAACCACCCUACCUCGCCGGUCUCCCUUCGCCGUACUACAAGCCGACGCAUCUCAAGUGGCAGAAAGCAAUCCGAGAAUUCAUAUCGAAACACCUUUUGGAAAACGCGUUGCAGUGGGACACCGAAGAGACUGUGCCCGAGCAUGUCUUCGAAACAUUUGCGAGAGCAGGCAUGCUGAUUCCGUCCCUGCCAGCUCCGCUUCCUGUGGAAUGGCUCAAAAGACUUGGCAUACAUGAAAUCCUGGGCGCAGUUAAGGUGGAGGAGUUCGAUUACAUCCACACGUUAAUCUACUGCGACGAGAUGGCUCGCACUGGCUUGGCUGGACCAUCUGGAUCCCUCACAACGGGCAUCUCUUUCGGUGUACCUCCGAUAUUGAAGUUCGGAAACAAGCAACUACAAGAACGCUUUCUGCCUGAGCUUCUCACCGGCAAGAAGCGGACGUGCAUUGCUAUUACUGAGCCGGAGGCAGGAUCGGAUGUCGCGAAUAUCACUACUACGGCUACAAAGACUCCGGACGGGAAACAUUACAUUGUAAAUGGCACGAAGAAGUGGAUUACAAAUGGAAUAUGGUCUGAGUACUCUUCGAUGGCCGUACGGACAGGCGGACCCGGUCCCACCGGUCUUUCCAUGCUCGUCGUUCCGUUGAAAGACUGUCCCGGUGUCAAUAUGCGCCGUCUGAAAGUAGGCGGGCAGGUCUCAGCCGGCACAACCUUCAUCGAGCUAGACGACGUGAAGGUGCCGGUCGAGAACCUCAUCGGCACAGAAGGUAUGGGCAUGAGAUACAUCAUGACCAACUUCAACCACGAAAGGCUGACCAUCGCUAUCGGCGCAACUCGUCAAGCGCGUGUUGCCCUCGCAGCAGCCACAGAGUACAUACUCAAGCGAGAGGCCUUUGGCAAACCACUCGUUGAACAGCCGGUGGUUCGACAGCGCCUGGCGAGAUGCGGAGCGAUGGUCGAGAGUCAAUGGGCGUGGGUGGAACAAUUCGUCUAUCAGAUGACCCAGUUGCCUAAAGAGGUGGCUGACAUCGAGCUCGGUGGCUUGACGGCUAUGGCGAAGGCACAGGCGGGUAUUGUCCUGAACGAGUGCGCGCAAUGUGCCCAGCUUUUGUUUGGCGGCAAUGGCUACACAAAGUCUGGCCAAGGAGAGCUGGUUGAGAGGAUAUACCGAGAAGUACCUGGGAUACGCAUUCCAGGUGGUAGUGAAGACGUAAUGAUGGAUCUAGGAGUGCGACAGUUGGUGAAGAACUUCAAGAACAAGACAAAGGCGUUGGAGAGACCGAAGGGUUCUUCGAAAUUAUAA